AUGCCUACCGAAUUGCCUCCCGGAACCGUGGGGAAUCUCACGGCUGAGCAGGAAGCGAAACUGCAGGAAUUCUGGGUGCUGCUUCUGAAAGUCUUUGGCGUUAGACUUGAUGCGUUGGAGUCAGCUAAGGAAGCAUCGGCCAACGCGCCGCAGGAGAACAAGAAAGAGCCCAAGCGACGAUUCGGACUGUUCGGCCGAGGCAAGGAUAGUGAAGAUGGCACCGCGAGCGAGAAAUCAGCAGAAGGGAUCACAACCAACCUCGCGUCUAUCAAUAUUUCCGAUGCAGACGAUAAGUACGGUCAGUCGAAGGAGUUCCAGCAAACUCUAGUUGACAUGUCGCCGGAGGACAUUCGGACAACAUUCUGGACGAUGGUUAAACAAGAUAAUCCCGAUUCUCUGCUUUUACGCUUUCUACGGGCGCGUAAGUGGGAUGUCAAGAAUGCUCUCGUCAUGUUUAUCUCUACUAUCCGCUGGAGGUUGAUGGAUGUGAAGGUGGAUGACGAUAUCAUGAAGAAUGGCGAGCAGCAUGCUCUCAAACAGUCACAGAGUUCCGAUCCUACUGAAAAGAAGGCUGGCGAGGAAUUCUUGAUGCAAAUGCGUCGGGGAAAGAGUUUUCUCCACGGUGUCGACAAAUCAGGUCGGCCAAUUUGCGUCGUCAGGGUGCGCCUGCAUAAGGCUGGUGAUCAAAGUCAAGAGGUCUUGGACCGCUUCACUGUUUACACAAUUGAAUCGGCGCGCAUGAUGCUUGCGCCUCCCGUCGAAACAGCUUGUAUCAUUUUCGAUAUGACCGACUUCUCAUUGGCGAAUAUGGACUACUCUCCGGUCAAGUUCAUGAUCAAAUGUUUCGAGGCCAACUAUCCUGAAUCAUUAGGGGUUGUGCUCAUUCACAAGGCGCCUUGGAUCUUCUCUGGCAUCUGGAACAUCAUCAAAGGAUGGCUUGAUCCGGUCGUUGCUGCUAAGGUUCAUUUCACUAAGAAUGUCAAGGAUCUGGAGCAGUUCAUUCCUCGAGAUCGCAUCAUGAAGGAGCUCGAGGGUGAUGAGAAUUGGGAGUACAAGUACGUGGAAUGCGAACCGGACGAAAAUAAGCCGAUGGAAGACACUGCCAAACGAGACCAGCUGUUAGCAGAGCGACGUGAACUCGGCAAAGAAAUCCAAGAUGCGACCAUUUCAUGGAUCGCGGCCAGCUCCAAAGGAGACAAGGAUGCUGUGGCGACGGCUAAGGAUAAGAGAAAAGACCUUAUUGAGCGAUUGAGGGAGCAAUACUGGCAGCUUGAUCCUUACGUACGUGCCAGGUCCCUGUACGAUCGCUUGGAUGUGAUCAAAGGUAAUGGCAAAAUCGACUUCUAUUCAGCGGAGAGCAUGUCGAAGGGAAAUGCGGCCAGCAGCCAAUAA